AUGGCCCAACCAUACACCGAGACUCAGAACCAGUCUCCAGACCCCACCGAUGAAGAGAUUCGUACAGCUGUCAAAUCAUUACGCGAUGCUCAUCCGGACAUGGGGAAAAAGAAACUACUCGCUCUACUGAAUGUUGACAAUGACUGGAAGAUUACCAGCAAAGACUUCCGGCAGCACAUCAAGACCGUCGAAACUGAAGAAAAGCACUCGAACGAAGACCCGGCUGCAGCUAUCGAAGCGGAAAAAGAACGGUCUGGCGGGUUUGCAUCUUCAGAAGCAGCAGCAGCGAUCCGUGCUGUCGUAUCAACAAUCAAACAAAUAGAAGCCACUGUCACGAAGUUGGAGGCAGCUAUACUCGCGGCCAAAAAAGCACCUACAGUCGCGAUUUUCAAAGGCGGUCUGUUAGAACAGCAACAAAAUGACACGGAAGAUCUCAAAGGGCAGCUUCGAGCCCUACGAACAGCAGCCAUACCACGCGUGAUAAAGGAGUACAUAACCCAACUCAACGCAGACGAAGGGUGGGCCACCGACUCUUGGGCCUUCGAAAUCCUUCGCAACGUCAUGGCUGUUUGCAAGACGUCGCUUCAUUCGUUCCGCGGGCCGCUUAUCAUCGCCCUCCCUCCUUCCGCAGCCGCAGCGCAGCGUCUGGCAAAGCAACACAAUCUCUCUGUUCGGGGCUGGUCGACUCACCUCGGCACCACAGACGCAAUGUGGUGUGACCCAGAAGUCGACAGCCAGGAACUUCAUUCCAUUCCCGUUCCCUCUCGCAGCGACGUUCCACGCUUUCCAAAUGUCGCCAAAAAAGACACACGUGGGCAGCAGCUCACUUACCUGCUGGUCCUACUGGCUACAUUCAAAAUCGAGUGGCCAGAGGUAGCAAAGGUGUUCAAUAAAAUCUGGUGUCAACCGGACAUGAGGGCGGUUUUUUCCGUGAAAAGAAGAUUUGUUGGAGCCAGCCCUUACGAUGAGAUCUGUGAGGAGGAGUUGAGGAAGAUGUGGGAAGAGCAGACGAUGUACGGCCAGGAUCUGAAGGCAAUGAGGCUGGCGAUGGAGAGCAUCGAUUGUGAGAAGCAAGUUGAGAUAGUGUUCAUUGACGAGAAUGGAGAAGCGCAUGCGUUGCCAGGGAGUCCCAUGCUGACAAUAGAGUCGCGAGCGGAGGAUGCAGGGGUGGUACUGGUGAAGCGUGAGGUUGCACCUGUGCAGCCUCAAACAUGGGCAAGCAUUCGUGCUCUGAUCGCAUCUUCACAAAGCCUCAGGGACGCGAUCGAGAAAUUGUAA